AUGAGCGACGUUCCCAAGACACAAAAGGCCGUCGUUUUCGAGGAAGUCAACGGACCUUUGAUGUACAAGGACAUUCCCGUCCCCACUCCCGCCAAGGACGAGCUGCUCGUCAAGGUGCAGUAUUCCGGUGUCUGCCACUCGGAUCUGUCCAUCUGGAAGGGUGAUUGGGCACAGCAGCUGCGGUUCAGCCCCAAGAUGCCGCUGGUCGGCGGUCAUGAGGGAGCAGGAGAGGUUGUGGGCAUGGGCGAUCAGGUGACCGGAUGGCAGGUCGGAGACCGAACCGGAGUCAAGUUUAUUUCUGGCUCUUGUCUCACUUGCGAGCACUGUUCUGCUGGCUGGGACCAGCACUGCGUAGCCCCCGGCGUGUCAGGUCUGCUCAAAGACGGCUCUUUCCAGCAGUACGCCUGCGUGAAGGCCGCCACCGCACCCCGAAUCCCCGAUUCUUGCGAUCUGGCUGGUGUUGCACCCGUUCUGUGUGCAGGCAUCACCGCCUACACUGCCCUCAAGAACUCUGGUCUCAAGGCCGGUGAGUGGGUGGUGAUCACCGGAGCUGGAGGAGGACUCGGAUCCUACGCCGUCCAGUACGCCAAGUGCAUGGGUUUCCGUGUGAUUGCCAUUGACACUGGAGACGACAAGGAGACCCACACCAAGGAGCUGGGAGCCGAGGUGUUUAUUGACUUUGCCAAGAGUGGUGCUGGCAUGAUUGCUGAGAUUCACAAGCUCACCGGAGGUGGCGCCCACGCCGUGGUCAACUUUGCUGUGCAGGACGCGGCUGUCGAGGCUGCCACUCUGUACGUGCGAACCCGAGGCACUCUGGUUCUGUGUGCUCUGCCACCCAACGGUACCGUCAAGAGUCACAUUCUCAACCACGUGGGUCGAGGACUCACCAUCAAGGGCAGUUAUGUGGGUAAUAAGCUGGAUACUCAGGAAGCCAUUGACUUCUAUGCACGGGGUCUCGUCAAGACCAAGUACCGUCUCGGCGAGCUGAGCAAGCUCGAGGAGUAUUACCAGCAGAUGCUUGAUGGUAAGAUUGUUGGUCGUGUCGUUGUUGAUAACAGCAAGUAG